CGCUACGAUGGUGAGACUUUCUGAAUUUUUCGCCAUUUGGCUACUCACCAUUGGAAUCGUUAGCUGCUAUGUCUCCAGCAAUCGAGCCGCUUCAGCGAACGGAAUUGACUUUUCCGAAAACUCUGAAAGUUAUCAGAAAAAUUCUAACAACGUCGAUAAUGUCCCUGCUCAUGAUCAAAAUGAAGAUGCCAACGACGAUAACGAAUUGGCAAAUGGAACAAGUGAGGAAGAGGGUGUUGCAGGUUCCGUAGAUCCUGAAAAGUCAUCGGACCACACAAGGAUCGUUAGAAGUCCGGACGACAAUGCGAACGUACAAAUUUGCUUUAGAACGGUUUGCAAAUCUCGCUCUACGAACGCAACUGCUUAAAACAUUUAAGGGAGAAUACAGGAUGAAACAGAUGUCAGAAUAAUGGUAUGCAGUAAUAUCACGAAAUUACCCCCCGCCCCAUGAUGUUGGUAACACUUUUUGUAUGGCUUGUAAUGACCAAUGUAAUUUGGCUAUAAAUAAAAUUUUCUUUUCAUUGCA